UCCUCUGCCGCUCGGUUUUCGGGGCGGAGGUCUGGAGGUCUGACUCUGAAAAUCUGCUCUGAGAGAAAAGUUUGGCCACGACAAGCUGCGGACUCUUCGUCACUUUUCUCUCUCUGGGUCUUCAUCAUGUCCGGCGUGGCGUCCACUCUGGCCAAGAAGCGCGCCCUGGCCGCGGGCUUCGGCACCAACGCCAACGCGGUGCGGUACCUGAACCAGGACUUCGCAGCUCUGAGGGCGCAGUGCCGCUCCGCUGGGAAACUCUUCUGCGACCCGACCUUCCCCGCCGCGCCCGAGGCUCUGGGCUUCAACGAGCUGGGCCGGAACUCCUACAAGGUCCGGGGAGUCACCUGGAAAAGACCCACGGAACUGGUCUCUAAUCCUGAAUUCAUCUUGGGCGGAGCCACCAGGACCGACAUCUGCCAGGGCGCGCUCGGCGACUGUUGGUUGUUGGCAGCCAUCGCCUCGCUGACCCUCAACGAGUAUGUGAUGGCUAGAGUCGUUCCCGCCGACCAGGGCUUCGGUGACGACUACGCUGGCAUCUUUCACUUCCAGUUCUGGCAGUUCGGCGAGUGGGUGGACGUGGUGAUCGACGACCGUCUGCCGGUCAAAGACGGAGAGCUGAUGUUUGUCCACUCAGCGGAGGGGAGGGAGUUCUGGAGCGCUCUGUUGGAGAAGGCCUACGCCAAAGUGAACGGCUGCUAUGAAGCGUUGUCCGGCGGAUCCACCACCGAGGGCUUUGAGGAUUUCACAGGCGGCAUCGCCGAAAACUACGACCUCCAACGCCCCCCCGCCAACCUGUUCCAGAUCGUCAAGAAGGCCCUGGAGGCUGGAGCGCUUCUCGGCUGCUCCAUCGACAUCACCAGCGCCGCGGACUCAGAGGCCGUCACCCGUCAGAAGCUGGUGAAAGGCCACGCUUAUUCACUAACAGGAGCCGUGGAGGUGAACUACCGGGGUCGACAGGAGAAGCUGGUGAGGAUGAGGAACCCCUGGGGUCAGGUGGAGUGGACCGGAGCGUGGAGUGACGGAUCGUCUGAGUGGGACUAUGUGCAGGGAGACUGCCCACAUGCCAACGCAGAGGACGGAGAGUUCUGGAUGUCCUUCAAAGAUUUCUUGCGUCACUACUCUCGCAUUGAGGUGUGCACUCUGACCCCCGACGCCAUCGGAGACGAUUCCGUCAAACACUGGAGUGUCAGCAAGUUCGAUGGUACCUGGAGGAGAGGAUCCACUGCUGGAGGCUGCAGAAACCACCCCUACACGUUCUGGAUGAAUCCUCAGUUUGUGAUCAGGCUGGAGGAGGAAGAUGACGACCCAGAUGAUGGAGAAGUGGGCUGCAGCUUCGUGGUCGGUCUAAUCCAGAAGAACCGCAGGAAGCUCCGGAAACAAGGAGAGGACAUGCACACCGUCGGAUUUGCCAUCUAUGAGAUUCCAAAACAGUUCCAAGGGCAGAGGGAGGUGCACCUGGAUAAGAACUUCUUCCUGACCCACGCUCAGACGGCGAGGUCAGAGACCUUCAUCAAUCUGCGUGAGGUCAGCUCUCGCUUCAAACUGCCGCCUGGAGAAUACCUGAUCGUCCCGUCCACCUUUGAACCGCACCUCAACGGAGACUUCUGCAUCCGAGUGUUCUCCGAGAAGCAGACAGAGACCCAACCCUGUGACGAUCCGGUCAGCGCUGAACUCGAUGAUGAGGUGGUGUCUGAUGAGGACGUGGACGCAGGAUUCAGAGGCCUCUUCUCUAAACUCGCCGGAGACGACAUGGAGAUCUCUGCGGUGGAGCUCAGGACCAUCAUGAACAAGAUCGUCGGCAAACGAACUGACAUCAAAACUGACGGCUUCAGCAUGGAGACCUGCAGGGUGAUGGUCAACCUGAUGGACGACAGCGGGAACGGGAAGCUCGGCCUCGGAGAGUUCGCCACUCUGUGGAAGAAGGUGCAGCGAUACCUGUCGAUCUAUAAGAAGAACGACGUGGACAACUCGGGGACGAUGAGCACUCCGGAGAUGAGAGUCGCCUUCAAAGACGCAGGUUUCACCCUCAACAACACCAUCUACCAGCUGCUGGUGGCUCGAUACUCUGACCCCGACAUGACCAUCGACUUUGACAACUUUGUGGGCUGCCUGAUGAGGCUGGAGAUCAUGUUCAGGAUCUUCAAGAAGCUCGACAGCGACGACAGCGGUUCCAUCGAGCUCAACUUCAACCAGUGGUUAAACUUCGCCAUGAUCUGAGCCGCCGCUCCACGUUUGCCCGGAGCUUCAGUGUUACUGCAGGACGCCAUAUUCUUGUUUACAGCUGCAGCUUUUCUUCCUGUCACUCCUAAUGUUUUAUAUGUGAUGUAUGCUAGACACUACCUGACUGAUAAGUAAAGUCAAUAAAUUUAUCCACAAACCCUU